AUGCUAGCUGCUCUCGACGAAACCGCGGUGUGGGAGAUACUGUCAGAGGAGCAAUCGGCAUUGUUUGACAUGUUGGCCACCCGCAAUCUUAAAAGUUAUCAGCUCGAUGAUUCUUACACUCAGCUCUUGGAGAACUUGGAAAUCAAGUCGUCCAGACAUGUGGAUUUCCUAGCACUCGUCCACAAUUUCCUUUUACGUAACAAUCUUGAGGUGAAGGCCAGUGGGACGGACUCGGGGCCUUCCACUGAGAUGCUCGUGCAUCGAUUUAUCCAUGUCUGGGGAGGUGCUGUCUGGGGCGACUCGAAUUUCACGGAUGGGGAGCCACCCGCGGCUUGGACUCGGCAAUGCCAGCAAACCACAGAGAGAUUAUUAGGAACGACCAUGUGCCUGCUGUUCAUCCGCAUGCAAUUGGAUUUCCCCCGGUAUGAGAAAACGAUCAUUCUUCAACAGGAAGACGAGCCUAUCAGCACACCCCAGAAACUGAAUUCCAGCUUGGAAAGCAUAACCAUUCCCAACCAGACAUACAGGACGCCUGAGAACCUACUUUCGAUUUCUCAGAUGGCUUCUCGCUUCGCUUCUCGCGCCGCUGAGCAAGCACCAGACAAGACAACCACUCACAACGCUGGCACCAGUACCAUUUUCAAUUCUAACAUCCCCCUGCAUACUCCAGUCAGUACCACCGGCCUCCGUACAAUGUCGGCUUCAACGACGACGGCAAAUAAAGAGGUAGCCUGGUGGUCAGAUACUUUCCAACGCAUCUUCAGGAGGACCGGUGAUGGCAAAAUCGUCAUGGGGUGA